GUAAGCUCCGAGACGACCUUACUACGCAUGCGCCUCGAGCCGCUAUUUAUAAUCUGCUCCGUUCGCGGCCGCCGCAAGGGCUCCCGUAGGAGGUGUGUACAUGGAUGAACUGUGAGGUUGGAAAAAGUGAAAGUGCUCCAAGGGCCAGAUAAGAUACUUGCUUUUAUGUCAUUCUGCGAAGACUAUCUUAAUAGCUAUGGGUGAAUAUAGCCGCUUUAUAGACUGGGAUAAAAUGGAUUCUACAAUCCAGGACCAGGAUGCAAAGGAACUGACCAGCACAGAAUUUCAGGACCUGAAGCAACUGGCUCGCCAGGGAUAUUGGGCCAAAAACCACUCUUUAAGAGCCAAAGUGUACCACAAACUGAUUAAUGAUAUCCCUUGCCGCACAGUGACUCCAGAUGCCCACGUCUACCGGGACAUUGUGGUGAAAAUUGCUGGCAAACGUAACAGCGGCAGUCUUCCACUUCCAGAAUUUGUGGACAACAGCCUUGUUCCCACUUACUGCCUGAAUGCAGAAGGCAUUGGGGCAGUCAGGAAGAUAAUUUCAUGCAUUGCAAGCCAGUUCCCGGACAUAUCAUUCUGCCCAGCUCUGCCUUCAGUGGUAGCACUUCUCCUCCAUUACAGUAGGGAUGAAGCAGAGUGCUUUGAGAAGGUCUGCCGCAUCCUUGCCUGCAACGAUUCCUCCAAGCACUUCAUUGAUCAGACGUUCUUGGCUUUUGAGUCGUCUUGCAUGACUUUUGGCGAUCUGGUUAACAAAUACUGUCAGGCGGCCCACAAGCUGAUGGUAGCAGUUUCCAAGGAUGUGCUAGAAGUAUAUUCAGACUGGCAACGGUGGCUUUUUGGAGAACUGCCUCUGGUUUAUGUUGCACGGGUCUUUGAUGUAUUCUUGGUAGAGGGCUACAAGGUUCUAUACCGUGUUGCACUAGCUCUUCUCAAAUUCUUUCAUAAAGUCAGGGUUGGGCAGACUAUGGAGUCAGACAACGUUCAGCAGGACAUCCGAGCUUUCGUUAGGGAUAUUGCAAAGUCAGUGUCUCCUGAGAAACUGUUAGAGAAAGCUUUUGCGAUUCGGCUCUUUUCACGGAAGGAGAUCCAGCUUUUGCAGAUGGCCAAUGAGAAGGCUCUUCAGCAGAAAGGCAUAACCGUCAAACAGAAGAGCAUUGCAUCCCCAAAAAGGCAGAAUGUCCACUUGGCAGUUCAUGCUGAGAACUUCACGUCUGAAAUAGUUGAUGUAAAGAAGAUGAGAGACAUAUGGUCAUGGAUUCCUGAGCGCUUUGCACUUUGCCAGCCACUGCUGCUGUUCACCACCUCAGAACAUGGCUGCAGCUUAAGCAGGUUCUAUUCGCAUUGUGAGGGACAUGAACCAACUCUCCUUCUGAUUAAGACAACGGCCCAAGAGGUCUGUGGGGCUUAUUUAUCAACAGACUGGAAUGAACGCAAACGAGGAGGAAACAAGCUGAGCUUCUUUGGAACAGGGGAAUGUUUUGUGUUCAGGCUGGUGCCUGAAGUGGAACGCUAUGAGUGGGUAAUAAUCAGGCACCCAGAGCUAGCCAUGACUGGACCUGAACAAGGGAACCAUUCCUCCCAUGUUUCUGACCCUCCAUCUGCCACCAGCCUCCCCUCGGACCCCUCAGACCGCCUUUCCCCCUUCCUUUCUGCCCGGCACUUCAACCUGCCUUCCAAAGCUGCAUCCAUGUUUAUGGCUGGUGGGAUGGAAUGCAUCAUUAUAGGCGGAGGCGACGGUCAAGCUCUCUACAUUGACGCAGACCUGAACCAUGGAAGAACUGGCCACUGCAACACUUUCAACAACCAACCAUUGUGCUCUGAAAGUUUCCAGAUAGCUAUCAUAGAGGUUUGGGGUUUCAAGGACACUAUGAGCAACUGAGGAGAUAGAGCCUACUUUCAAAAACAGCUAGCUCGUGGAGCAUCUUAUGAUUCUGACCACAACUCCAGUUGCAAGAGUCGAGCUUAUUUAUAAAUCCACAAAAUCAGUAGGCUCCUUUUUUGUAAUUUAGAAAGCUAAUUUCCAGGGCUCACAUAGAUGCAGGGGCCUCAUUGUUCAGCCAUUGUAUUUUUCAUAUGCAAUUUGUAUUUGGCUAAGCGAUUUAUCCUUGACCUCCUGUUCUUACCUCUGGACACCUUUAUGCAUAUCCUGAUAUUUUUGGUAGCGAGAAGGUGGCCUCACUGAAGUAUCCAAGUUGACUUUUAUCCGUGUCAGAGCCUUCAUGAGGCCAGAUAACAUUUCUGAUGUCAGCAGGUGCUUGUUGGUGACUGGAUUUAUCCAGCAGUGUAAUUUUUCUUCUUUUGCAGAAGCUUCUAAUCCCUGCUAACGUUAGCUUGGAUACAGAGUGACUCCCAUGCAAUCCAAACUGAUUAUGUUGCCGAUUUUUCUCUCCUCCCAACUGCAGUCUUGCUUACUGCGUGCCACGCCAACCUAGAGGCUUCCCCAGAUCCCCAGGGGGCUGCAGUAGGAAAGGGAAGGAUGAGAGAGACCCAUUGCACAUGUGCAGAACACACUGCAAAUGGAGUGUUUGAUCCAAGCCAUUAUUUUCUAUAACCUAUUAGAUUUGAGAAAUCUGUUAAAAGCACCAUUUUGUGUGUGUGUGCGUGCACACACUCAUUUACACACCUUACAGCUGGCUGUUGCCCUAAUAGCCAGUCUUCGUUUGACAUUCCGCUGUGUUUGAAGUGAAGGCUGACUGAGUAAUUUGGGAGUACCUUUUUCCCCCUUUGGUCUUCAGUGCCACUGCUCUGUCGAAGGCAUCCUGUCUGACAUGCUGCCAUCCUGCUUUUCUGUUUACAUUCCUGAUACUGCAUAUCAGUGAUACCAUGAUUUUUUUUAGGGGGUACAUUCAGGCAGCUAAACGACCCUUAUGGGAUAUACAACACACUGAACUACUUCCUCCUGAGUCGUUGCUAUUUGUGUUGAAAACAAGCUGGGAGGAGCUUGAAGCAGUAUUAGCUAAUUGACCUCAAACUUUGGCACAGUCUUUUAAAGUGAAGCUAUUGCAACAAGCUAGGGAAAUGGCCGAUAGUUGUUUUGACUAUUAAAGGACUGUUUCUUCUAGGGACUCUAGGGGGUGCUGCAUCCUCAUUAACCUGACAGAUACCUGGUCACUGGAAGCUUUCUUGCAUGCAGCCUUUGGCUGUUUGGUUAGUAGUGACAUCUCUUCAGUUCAGGUUGCCACGUGGUAAGCAAAGUCUGCCCCUAGACUAACACAGAAGCAUUAAGCACAUCUUGUUGGUUUCCACUUCCUUUUUUCGUCUCUGAAUCUCUGUGAGAUCUGCUCAUUCCUAGCUUAGCAAAUGAGGAAGGGAGCUUUGCCAUAUCUGAUAUCUGCACAACUGCAGUAAAGUAGCCAGCUUAGAAGAUUUUCCUUUAGAACUGGUUAUUGAGUGUUUUCAUUUGAUUAUGCCCUGUCUUAGAAAUGACACAACCUGUGGCUAAAAUGGGGGGAAAGCCAGCUUGUUACAGAACUUGCUCGGUUGAGGCGGUGCAAAACUCAGCAUGCUUUAGCCUUUGGGGACGUUACAUGUGCUUGAAGCUAGGAGGUACUUAAGAUAAUAGCUCAAGAACAUAUCAUAUAACCUGGCUUAUUUUAAACUUGUUUUGGCCCUUUCUCUUACAAUUUCUAGUAAUGUGGACAAAAUUCUACCUGCCUGAUUUGAUGGACGUUGUUAGGUAAUGGAGUAAUACAGACACAAAAAGAAGCCAUUGCAUGGUGUCUUGCAGCUGAAGCUGUUUGCUCGUGCUGUCUGGGGAGCUUUAUCUGCAAUGGGACUACCCUCCUCUGAAUGAAAACUGGUGGCAUUUCUGGCCAUCUUUCCACAGGCCAGCCCAGUCCACUCCCCGUCACUUCUCUGUUGGAGUAGAAUGCAGCACAUGUGAACAACACCAAAACAUCCAGCUAAGGUGAAUUGUUUAGGAUGUGGAAGUCUCAGCAAACCAAGUGGAGAAUGUUUCCAUAUCUAUCCAGAAGGUGGCACACAUUUCUCAGUGGAUGUUGACAUGGUGAAAAAUAAAUAGGUGUUAACAGUCGCUUUUGUGAAGCAGAGCUGUGAAAGUGGGGGCUGGGAUGUUACCUGCAGUCUUGAGAAGGGUGCAGCUCAGAGUCUGCAGCAGCAGGUUUGGCAAAAAUUUAAAAAAAUACUUAUAUCUCCCUGUUAUGUUUCCCAAUCUGUUUUAAGUGGGAGGUUUUUAGCAUAAGCAGUUUUGGAUUAUAUGUCUUGAAGUCGAUACCUUAUUCGUGAUUUCAUUAAGCAAGCUGAUAUUAAGUUUUAUCCGGUUUCUGUCUUCAGUUUUUGAGAUCUUGAUGAUGACUGAAAAGGAGCCAUUCUAAAAGUGGUUUCCUGGGAGAUAAGUCCCUUCCUUGUAAUAAUAGGUUAGACAGCAACACUUGCUGGGUUGAGGAAGGGAGAAGUAUUGGCAGUAGCAAGAAGUGACAUGAAUGUAACUAGAAACAGCUUCCAACGUAAUUCUUUGGGGUGCAGGCAAAUUUCUACCCACCUACAGUAGACUGCUGCAGUGCUAUAAUUUUCUUGGGAAUGUUUCAGUAAUUCACUGAGAACCAUGUACUUGUUGACAACCAAGACUCCCUAUUUCUCAUUGAGAUUAUUUAGCUUUUCUUGCAUAUGAAGAGAGAACAGAAGAGAAAGUCAAUAUUACCAUUAAAGAGUUAAAAACACCUCAUACUAGAAAUACUUUGUUUUAGGAAACCAUAAAAACUGCUUCAUUCAUUAAAUCAGUUGUUAAUUCCAGAACUGAUGUUAAGCACAGAAUUUAUUCUUUUUUAAAAAUAUAUAUUCCGAGGUGUUUACUUCUUCAUGUCUCUUGAAAUAAGUGUUCUAGUUCUCCUCCAAAAUCUGAAUAUGUAUACUUUUGCCUCGCCAUCGUUAUGUGUUAAUAUCACAAGCAAGCAAGGCCUUUGCCCUCAUCUACACACAGUUGGGGCAGAGGAACUCUGGUGUUGCAGAUACAUAUCUAGAAGGUGGACCAGCGGCCAGAUCUCAGCUGCUGUCUCCUCCCUCUCUCCCUCCAGGUUGCUGUGUGUCCCUUUGGUGUGUUUUGAGAUGAGCAUUGUACCUGGUUGUAACGAUACAUGUGAAUGUGCCUACUGCUCCUGACAAUGUGGUGAUGUUUAUUUCCCUGGAGGCAAUUGUAGCUUUUGUGCAAUGUGACUUUCUUCCCUUAACGUAUAGUUUAUGUCUCCCUUCCAUAAUUGAUGUCACUGAUGGCAGUUGUGUGUGUGUGUGUGUGUGUGUGUGUGUGUCUGUGGCCAUACAGAAAUCAAAUUGACUUUUAACAGAAAAAUAAACUCUGGAUAUGACUUGACUCUUCAA